CCUGGCCCAUUUUAAGUGGUAACACGCCCAAGCCUAUAACUCUAAAUCCUCCAUUGACUGGUAACGAAAAAUAUAUACUCUGUCCAAAAUAUUAAACCCUAAUAUUUCUUCUUUGCUGCCAAAAAAAACCAGACGCCGCCGCCAUGGUUCUCAAGACUGAACUCUGCCGCUUCAGUGGGGCAAAGAUAUAUCCUGGCAGGGGUAUCAGAUUUAUUCGCUCAGAUUCCCAGGUAUUCCUCUUUGCCAACUCUAAAUGCAAGAGGUACUUCCACAACAAGCUGAAACCCUCAAAGCUAACGUGGACAGCUAUGUACAGGAAGCAACAUAAGAAGGACAUUGCUGCUGAAACUAUUAAGAAGAGACGCCGCACUACCAAAAAACCGUACUCAAGGUCCAUUGUAGGUGCUACUUUGGAGGUCAUACAGAAGAAGCGAGCUGAGAAACCUGAAGUUCGUGAUGCUGCACGAGAGGCUGCACUCCGUGAAAUUAAGGAGAGGAUUAAGAAAACAAAGGACGAGAAGAAAGCCAAGAAGGCCGAGGUAAUGUCCAAGGCACAAAAGAGCAGCAAAGGUAGCUUGCCAAAGGGUGCUGCGCCAAAGGGCCCCAAGCUUGGAGGAGGUGGAGGGAAGCGGUGAAAUCCUUCUUUCUUUUAGUGCUUUUAACUCUCUGUUUAAAGAAUUUCAUGCUGGAAAUUUUACAUGGAUCAAGGUUGGUUGUUGCCAUUUUGUUCAUCGAGAAUUUACCCUCUGUUUAUGAGAUUAUUAAUUUGUCAUGGUUUUGAUUGGAUAUAUUAGUUGACUUAUUAUCAUUUA